CAUCUCACUAAGACUUCCUAGAAAAGUUAAAAUUUAUAUGUUUUUAGUGUACAAAUGGAACUCUGAAUUUAUUAAAAACACGCAACACCGACACUAAUUAUUCAUCUCCAUCGACCAAUUGUGCGGGAUUCCGCAACUUCUCAUGCUUAAGGCAUUAUUUAUUGCUCUGUGUUCGUCCCAAAGAUCAUUUCUUUGAUUUUGGUUUUUGAAUUUUCUCUUGAGCUUUCAUGGAGUCUCUGCUCUCUAGUACUUCUCUUCUCUCCGCUGCUGGUGGACUUUGCUGGAGGAAGCAGAAUCUAAAGCUCCAAUCUUUAUCAGAAAUCCGAGUCCUGCAUUGUAAUUCGAGUAAAGUUCUUGCAAAACCAAAGUUAAGGAACAAUCUUGUUAGGCUUGAUGGUCAAGAACCGUCACUGUUGUUGUAUUCGAGACAUAAAUCGAGAUUUCGUGUAAACGCCACUGCGGGUCAGCCCGAGGCUUUCGACUCGAAGAGCAAAGGAAACUCUUUUAGAGACUCUUUAGAUGCGUUCUAUAGGUUUUCUAGGCCUCAUACCGUUAUAGGCACAGUGCUUAGCAUUUUAUCUGUAUCUUUCUUAGCAGUAGAAAAGAGUUCUGACAUAUCCCCAUUACUCUUCACGGGCAUCUUGGAGGCUGUUGUUGCAGCCCUGAUGAUGAACAUAUACAUUGUCGGGCUAAAUCAGUUGUCUGAUGUUGAAAUAGAUAAGGUUAACAAGCCAUAUCUUCCAUUAGCGUCAGGGGAAUAUACUGUUAAAACCGGCAUUGCGAUUGUAGCUUCCUUCUCCAUCAUGAGUUUCUGGCUGGGGUGGAUUGUUGGUUCGUGGCCAUUAUUCUGGGCUCUUUUUGUGAGUUUCAUGCUCGGUACUGCAUAUUCCAUCAAUUUGCCACUUUUACGGUGGAAAAGAUUUGCAUUGGUUGCAGCAAUGUGUAUCCUCGCUGUCCGAGCUGUUAUUGUUCAAAUCGCCUUUUAUCUACAUAUUCAGACCCAUGUGUUUGGAAGACCAGUCAUGUUCACAAGGCCUCUUAUUUUCGCCACUGCGUUUAUGAGCUUCUUCUCUGUCGUUAUCGCAUUGUUUAAGGAUAUACCUGAUAUUGAAGGGGAUAAGAUCUUUGGAAUCCGAUCAUUCUCUGUAACUUUGGGUCAGAAACGGGUGUUUUGGACAUGUAUUUCACUACUUCAAAUGGCUUACGCUGUUGCGAUUGUAGUUGGAGCCACGUCUCCUUUCAUAUGGAGCAAAGUCAUCUCGGUUGUUGGUCAUGUCAUUCUCGCAACAACCUUGUGGACUCGAGCUAAGUCCAUUGAUCUGAGUAGCAAAACCGAAAUAACAUCAUGUUAUAUGUUCAUUUGGAAGCUGUUCUAUGCAGAGUAUCUACUGUUACCUUUUUUGAAAUGACCUUAGAAGAUGUGAUGAAGAGGAAGGAGAAGAAGAAGUCAUCACUAUGCUUCUUUUUUUUAUUCAGAAAAGUUCAUGAAAUUUAGGUAGAUGUUAAGGUUUUAUCCUCAAACAUAAAAAAAAAACUGCAAAGUAUUUCUAUAAGACCAGCAUUUCUGUAGAAAUAAAAGGACAAGGAUUCCUUUCUUGCGCACCAAGAAAGCCCUUGCUUUGCUUUUCGGAAAGCUUCAAUUAUUUAUGGGCCAUUAGGCCCAGUAACAUGUAACAACUCGUACCCAAUUUGUUCCAUGAAGUCAGCCCAUUAGGUCUACGGGUGACCUGUAGGAAGUCCAAGCUUGCUUUCUCAGUUUUGACGACUUAAAGUCCAUAUGGCUUGCAAUCAGUUUAUCUUAAAUUGUAUCAUAUUGUAAUGAAUUCAUAGAAAGCUAUCUAAAUUACCACUUGUUU